AUGAGAGUUGGAUUGCUGUGGCUCAUUGCUCUUUUCCCGGUGACUGAGGGCACCAAAGGCUUCCUGCAGCAGAAAAAACAUGACAACCAAACCAAAGGAGAUGUCGGUGUGGUUGAGAAAAGGCAUCCAGCCCAGGAGUACGAGAUCCUGCUUCAGAUGACAUACAGGGAUCCUGGGGAGAAGAGAGAAUUGAAAAGAUUUCUGAAGCACUUGAAAUCUCCGUCACCAUGCUUACACGGGUCCAGCAAGAUCGUCAGAGUGAAGGCCACCACAUACUGCAGAAACCUGAAGGGGUUCCCGGAGUGUGCCUGUGAAGACAGCUAUACGUGGUUUCCUCCCUCCUGUCUUGAUCCCCAGAACUGCUACCUUCAUACAACUGAACCCCUCCCAAGCUGUAAUUGCCAUCUUAAAGACCUCAGCCGGAGUGUCAACUUCUGUGAGAGAGCAAAGGUUUGGGGCACUUUUAAAAUUAAUGAAGCUUUUAUCAAAGACCUUUGGAAUUCCUCUUCUACUGUAUACGCCUACUACAGAACUGAAAUUGAAGAGCAACUUAAAGAAGCAUACAGAGGAAUCCAUGGUUUUGAGUCAGUUCAGGUCACGCAAUUUCGAGAGGGAAGCAUCAUUGUGGGCUAUGAAGUAACUGGCUCCAGUAGCACAGCUGAGCUCCUGUCUGCCCUGGAGCAGGUGGCAGAAGAGGCACUGGUGGCCCUGAAAAGACAGUUCUCGGUUGAAGACGGCUCCUUCCGAGUGUUCGGGAAAGCCCCGUGUAACAGCGUCUCCUUUGGAUUCGGGUCUGAGGAUGAUGAAUAUACUCUACCUUGUAGCAGCGGCUUCCUCGGAAACAUCACCAUCAGGUGUCAGCACUCUGGGUGGCAGGUCACCAAGGAGUACUGCGUGCUCUCUCAGCUGGCAGAACUGAAGAAGAAUUUCAGUAUGUUGUCAAGCAAUGUCACAGAGGCAGAUGUGUCAUCUUUGGUACAAAACCUUUCUGCCAUCGUUCAGCAAAGCCCGUCCACCACGGCUGGGACUCUGGCUUCUGUGGUGUCACUCCUGAGGGGCGUGUCAUCCCUGUCGCUGAAGAACUCUUUAACAGUGUCUAAUUUGACCCUGCAGAAUGUCAUCAACAUAGCCGAUCACAUCCUGGAUUCGGCCUCCAUAGCUAACUGGACGAUUUUAUCCCAAGAAGACAGGAGCACCAGCUCCCAGCUGCUGGAGGCUCUGGAGAUCACCAGCAUUCUCGUACCUUCCAGUAAUCUGCCUCUUCAUUUUUCUCGAACAUUCAUCGACUGGAAAGGGAUUCCAGUGACCCAGAUACAAAGCACACAGGGUUACAACUACCAGAUUGAAAUGAGACAGCAAAAUGCCUCUCAGCCCAUCCAAGGUCACGUGCUUAUCAAACCAGAGCAAUUCAGGAAACCUCCUCCAAAGACCAUUAUCAGCAUGACCUCAUUGACCUUUGGGAGCAUUCUACCCACCACCCACAGUGGAAGUGCACAGAUCAACGGGCCUGUGAUAUCCACUCUUAUCCAAAACUAUUCCAUCAAUGAAAUUUUCCUGAAUCUUUCCAAGAUAAAGGGAAACCUGAGCCAACCUCAUUGUGUGUUUUGGGAUUAUAGUCACUUGCAGUGGAGCGAUGCAGGCUGCCAGCUAGUUAAUGAAACUGCAGACACAGUCCUGUGCCGAUGUACUCACCUGACGGCCUUCUCCAUGCUUAUGUCACCCCUUGUCCCCUCCUCGGUUGUCCCUGUGGUGAAAUGGAUCACGUACAUAGGAUUGGGCAUCUCCAUUGCAAGCCUAAUCUUAUGCCUGAUCAUCGAGUUUCUGUUUUGGAAGCAAACCAAGAAAAGCCAAACCUCAUACACGCGCCACGUUUGCUUGGUGAACACCGCCCUGUCGCUCUUAAUUGCUGAUGUCUGGUUUAUCGUUGCUGCCAUUGUGGACCCCACCGCCAGCGCUUCUGGCGUCUGUGUAGCUGCAGUGUUCUUCACCCACUUCUUCUACCUUGCUUUGUUCUUCUGGAUGCUCGCCCUCGGCAUCCUGCUGGCUUACCGCAUCGUCUUCGUGUUCCAUCACAUGGCUAUGCCCACCAUGAUGGCUAUAGGGUUCUGCCUGGGCUAUGGGUGCCCUCUCCUUAUAUCCACCAUCACCAUUGCAGUCGCCCAGCCUAGCAACAGCUACCGAAGGAACAACGUGUGUUGGCUUAACUGGUCGGACGAGAGCAAACCUCUCUUGGCAUUCGCUGUUCCUGCGUUGACUAUUGUGGCUCUGAACUUGGCUGUGGUGCUGCUGGUCCUUAGGAAACUCUGGAGGCCAGCGGUUGGAGACAGACUGAGUCGGGACGACAAGGUCAUCGCCAUCCGCAUGGGAAAGAGCCUCCUCGUUCUGACCCCACUGCUAGGGAUCACCUGGGGCUUCGGGAUAGGAACGAUGGUGGAUAGCCAGAACCUGGCUUGGCACGUUCUUUUUGCUUUACUCAAUGCUUUCCAGGGAUUUUUCAUCUUCUGUUUUGGAAUUCUCUUGGAUAAUAAGCUGCGGCAACUUCUGUCGGACAAGUUGACUCCACUAAGUUCCUGGAGGCAAACAUCAAAGCAAAACUCCUCGGAUAUAGUUACCAAGUCCAAAUGCUUAAAGCCAUUCAGCAUAUUGCAACACAAAGGCACGUAUGCCCUUUCUCACACUGGAGAUUCAUCCAACGAGAUCACAUUAACCCAGUUUUUAUCAACGGAAUAA